AGACUGAGAGGAAAAACAAAGAAGUGAUAUCACAGUUACGUUGCAGUACACAACUCCACUGGUCAUUAGUUUAGUAUCAGAAACAUGUUUUCUGUUCUUUUGUUUCUGUUACAUUGACAGCAGCUGUUGUAACAACGACACUCAACACUUCACACACACUUCCUGAGUGGUUUUCUGUCAGCAGCUUCCAAAAGUGGAAGUGGACAUGAUGUUGCUUUCUACUAACGCCACACAAAACGACGCCCAGUCACAGAGACAAGGACAGUGCUGGAGUGUCAUAUACAGUAACUAAUAUUUUAUUAUUUAUUAUUUUCUGAGUCUGGAUUUAGAAUGAAGAUCCUCCUCAUCUUCAUCUUCUUCCUGACUCCCGAUGGUACUGAUGCUGUAACUAUAGUAACUGGAUACAGAGGAGGAUCAGUUCAGAUUAAAUGCUCCUAUGAAUCUGGAUAUGAAGAUAACAACAAAUAUCUCUGCAGAGGUGAAUGUUCCUAUGUGGGGAAUAAAGACAUUCCUGUUAAAUCUGGAUCUCCUGCUGAAGACCCCAGAUUUUCUCUGUAUGAUGACAAAACAGCCCGAGUCUUCACCGUCAACAUCACUGAUCUGAGACCUGAGGAUGGAGGCACUUACUGGUGUGUGAUAGAGCGGACAUUGAAAGAUAUUUACACAGAGAUUCUACUGCAGGUUAAAACAGCGCCAUCACCAGGAAAGCCCAGCAGCAUCUCUACUUCCUACAAAGGCUGAGGAAGGCACAUCUCCCUCCCCCCAUCCUGACCAUGUUCUACAGAGGGACCAUUGAGAGCAUCCUGAGCAGCUGCAUCACUGUCUGGUUCGGGAACUGCACCAUCUCAGAUCGCAAGACCCUGCAGCGGAUUGUGAGGACAGCGGAGAUGAUCAUUGGGGUCUCUCUUCCCUCUAUCACAGACACUUACACCACACGCUGCAUCCGCAAAGUCAACAGCAUUGUGGAUGACCCCACACACCCCUCACACACACUCUUCACCCUCCUGCCAUCUGGAAAAAGGUACCGAAGCAUUCGGGCCCUCACGACCAGACUGUGUAACAGUUUCUUCCCACAAGCCAUCAGACUUCUCAACAACUGAAAUGUACUGUACUGAGCACAACAUACACACACAUCAUCUGUAUGGACUGCAUAGACCCUCACAAAACACACACACUGACACAACAUACUGUUUACAUGCUGCUUACAAUCCAGCAAACUGUUUACAUGCUGUUUUGCACACCUUGUCUGCUGUUUUUUGCACAAAUUGUCCCAACAUUUCAGCCGUUUUUGCACAUAUUGUACAAUAUCUCAGCCAUUUCGCACAUACUAUAUUAACGCAUACAGUAUUAACACUGGUCGGUCGGCGCUGUUUCUGUGACUGUUUACUAUUUAUUGUCUUUUGUGUACUGCAUUUUGUGUACUUUUUGUACUGUCUUGUAACUUUGUGUCUGCACUGUCAUUGUCCUGCACUGUCCUGUCCUGCACUGUCUUUUGUCCUGCACUGUCUUUUGUCCUGCACUGUCUUUUGUCCUGCACUGUCUUGUCUGUCUUGUUUGUCUUGUCCUGCACUGUUUGCACCAGGUUGCACAGUUGCACUUUAUGUGGCUAAGACUACUUACAAGUCUUUAGCCCUGUCUUUGUUUUUAUGUAGCACCUUGAUCCUGGAGAAACGUUGUCUCAUUUCACUAUGUACUGCAACAGCUAUAUAUGGUUGAAAUGACAAUAAAAGCUUCUUGACUU